GUGUGUGUGUGUGUGUGUAGAGAGAGAGAGAGAGAGAGAGAGGACCGCAAGGAUCAACUUCGGAGAGAUUUACACUGAAACAGCGCAAGUGAGGUGGAGCGAGGCUGAGCACAGUUCAGUGCCGAGCAUUAUUGCCGACGGAACAGGUUGAACUGCUGCGAGGAAAAUCUACAAAAAAAGCGAAAUCCCCUGGCUAUUCCAAUCACGAGGGGAUGAGGACUUACUUCCACGGAAGCAGAAAUAUACCUUGACGGGGACUGAGAUAUUCAGCGUCCAGAAACGGUCAAAGACAGAACCUUGUCCAAAACGGACAGACUGACUAGGGAAUAGCCUACAACGGACGGUGUUAGAGUCAUUUUAAAAAGUUGUCAACUCCAGUAAGAACGAAGGGAACCGGCAUUUAUCAAAUUCCCCAAAACACCCCCUUUAAUGGUCCUGUGCGUUAACUGUAGAAAAAAUACUGCAUUUCAAGAACUGCCGUUUUAGAUUACUCUCGGGGUAAUUUUUAUGCACCGUGCUGUGCGAUAACUAGCAAGCUUACUUUCACACCAGCCGCAUCGCAAGAGCAAGUCAAUCUGUCGUACUUUCGCGGAGACCGAAACCAACGGGACCAGGAGCUGGAGAAAAUGUUCGCGCUUUAUGCUGUCCUUUGCCUUAUUGGAGCAGCUGAAGCGGCCUACUUCUCCCAGCAGCCCCAGGACCAGGUGGUGGUGUCCGGCCAGUCGGUGACGCUGCCCUGCGUCAUUGUGGGAUACCGUGGCAUGGUGCAGUGGACCAAAGACGGCCUAGCCCUGGGAGGGGAAAGGGACCUACCAGGUUGGUCGCGGUACUCCUUAAUGGGCGACGCGCUAUCAGGGGAGCACAGCUUGCUGAUCGAUUCGGCGGAGCUGGCCGACGACGCCGUGUACGAGUGCCAGGCCACGCAGGCGGCGCUGCGCUCGCACCGUGCCAAACUCACCGUGCUGGUGCCCCCGACCGACCCCGUGGUUGAGGGUGGUCCCAUUGUGAAGCUGAAGGCCCACACACCCCACAACCUCACCUGCAGAGCAUCGGGGGCCAAACCAGCGGCCGAAAUCACCUGGUACAGAGACGGAGAGAUACAAGACACCGCCAUAUACUCCAAGACUUUCAUGGAGGACGGGAAGCGGGAGCUGGCGGUGAGCAUGCUCCCGGUGAUCCCCGAAGACAAGGAUUCAGGGCGUACCUACACCUGCCGGGUGGUCAACCCCGCCGCCCCCGCCGGCCGGCAGACGUCCGUCACCAUCAACGUCCAGCACCCCCCUGCGGUGACGCUGUCCGUCCAGCCUCAGACGGUCAUGGAGGGAGCCAAGGUCCUGUUCAUCUGCUCAGCAUCCGCAAACCCCGAAAUCACAGGAUACAGGUGGUCAAAAGGCGGGAUCCCCAUCUCAGAAGCCAAUGGAGACAGCUUGGAGGUGACGGUUGAUCACUCCUACUUCACCGACCCCGUGUCCUGUGAGGUGUCCAACUCAGUGGGAAGCACCAACGUCAGCACCCUGGUGGAUGUCCAGUUUGGCCCCAGGUUACUGUCAGAGCCCAAGCCCAUGGCGGUGGACAUCGGGAUGGACGCUGCCUUCACCUGUGCCUGGACUGGGAACCCUCCUCUGACUCUCGCCUGGACCAAGCAGGGUUCAAGCGUGGUCCUGAGCAAUGGGAACACUCUGCAGUUGAAGGCGGUCACCCAAGAGGACGCUGGCACCUACACCUGCAAAGCCAUCGUCCCCAGAAUCGGAGUGGCUGAGAGGGACGUCACCCUCACUGUCAAUGGGCCCCCCAUCAUCACAGCAGACGCCAUGCAGCACGCAGUCAAGAACUCCAAGGGCAAGCUGGAGUGCCUGGUGGGCAGCAGCCCCCCUCCUGACAAGAUUGUUUGGACCUUUGGUGACGUGAGCCUGGCCAGCGGAACCUCGGGCCGCUUCACUGUCCAGACGGUCACCAGUGAUCGCGGGGUCCUGUCCUCCCUCGUCCUCUCCGAGACGCUGGCCCAGGACUUCCAGCUGCGAUACAACUGCACCGCCUGGAACCGCUUCGGCUCAGGCACCGCGCUGGUCACCCUCAAGGAGCAAGAGGCCCUCCCCAUGCUGGUGAUCGUGGGAGCUUCGGUAGGGGGCGGGUGUGUCCUCCUCAUCUGCGUCAUCACCCUGGUCUCCAUCUGCUGUAGGAAUUCUGGGAAAGGUAAAAAGGGCACACGUCUCUCCAAAAGUGACAUCAGGGUACAGAUUGUGCACAGUGACCACAAUGCCGCCCGAGGCAACGAUGAUGAAGAGGACGUGAAAGAGCCAAUGGCUCCAAAUAGCAGCGAGUCUCCUGGAACAUCCCGUACAGAGCACAGCGACCUUCUGGAGGAAGAGGAAGAUGAACGUUCCGACUUGAAGGACCCCACCAAUGGCUACUACAACGUGCGCGCCCACGAGGACCGUCACAUCCGCAGCGGCUUCUCCGAGUAUGUUCCCAACCCGCGGCCUGUCUACACCCCAUCCCAGCUGCCCUCGCCCAGCCCCCUGUACGGCCAGCACACGGCCCAGCCGCGCAUCUACGACUUCUCUCACCGCUAUGCCACCACCACGGGUGCCCGCUCCAGCUACGAGCAGCAGCAGCAGCAGCAACAGCAGCAGCAGCAGCAGCACCAGGGCAUCUACCCUCCCGAGCCCCUCUACGGGGGCUCCGCCUACCUGCCCGCCACAUACGGCCGCGCCUUCACCAGCUACGUCAAGCCUGCCACCUACGAGAAGGUGGAUGCCUAUGACCACUCGGACCAGGCCAGCAAGGUGUCCAGCUCCUCGCGCUUCUCCUAUGCCUCGUCCCAAGUGUCCUCGCAGCAGUCCGACUACGGGAGGCCCUCGCACCAGCGUAUGCAGACGCACGUUUGACGAGGCGGGGCGGACGCCAGCGAGGGAGGCCGAAGGAAAGCCUCUGUGACCUGAACGGGCAUCCAUCCCAAAAAGGAACGACAGAAGGUGGUCUCCCUUGUCAAACCUCCCC